AUUAUUCCAACAGUUGAUUUAUUCCGAACUCUCACCUAAAAUCUCCUGAAGCUAAACCCUUGGAAAAAAAAUAUCGGCGGCACCACUAUUACUAUGAACAUCUCAAUACUAAGGCUCGACUCCAAUCCAAUCACCACCGCAACAUCGCCGGCGACGGCGACGGCGAAUCACCGGAGUGGCAUCCUCGGUUGUUACAAUGGGACUAACAGUUGUAGGCUGAAUCAGCUCCAACAGAGGAAGAAGAAUCCGUCAAUUAUCGUUUGUUCUACUACAAAGCCACUUGCAUCGGUAGUGGACCGUCAUGGGGUCAGCGAGUCAGGGCUGAGUCGAAUUGAGUCACUGAGUCAGGUAUCCGGCGUGUUGGGUUGCCAAUGGGGCGAUGAAGGAAAAGGAAAGCUCGUUGAUAUACUUGCUAAGCAUUUCGAUAUCGUUGCUCGUUGCCAGGGGGGAGCCAAUGCUGGACACACUAUUUACAAUUCUGAGGGGAAGAAGUUUGCUCUGCACCUUGUCCCUUCUGGGAUUCUCAACGAGGAAACUGUAUGUGUUAUUGGUAAUGGAGUCGUGGUGCAUCUACCGGGACUUUUUAAAGAAAUUGAUGGUCUUGAAUCUAAUGGAGUCUCUUGCCAAGGAAGGAUUUUGGUAUCUGAUCGUGCUCACUUGUUAUUUGAUUUUCACCAAGAAAUAGAUGGCCUUAGAGAAGCUGAGCUAGCUAAAUCCUUUAUUGGAACCACCAAGAGAGGUAUUGGGCCUUGCUAUUCAAGCAAAGUUAUUAGAAAUGGCAUAAGAGUAAGUGAUUUAAGGCAUAUGGACACAUUCCCCCAAAAGCUUGAUCGUUUAUUAUCAGAUGCUGCUGCAAGAUUCCCAGGUUUUAAGUAUGGUCCUGACAUGCUUAGGGAAGAAGUGGAACGGUAUAAGAAAUUUGCUGAGAGGUUGGAACCCUUCAUUACAGAUACUGUGCACUUCAUGAACGAUGCUAUAUCUCAGAAAAAGAAGAUUUUGGUGGAAGGUGGUCAGGCAACUAUGUUGGAUAUCGAUUUUGGCACAUAUCCUUUUGUGACUUCAUCCAGUCCAUCGGCUGGUGGAAUCUGCACAGGUCUUGGCAUUGCUCCGAGAGUUGUUGGUGAUCUUGUUGGUGUGGUUAAGGCAUAUACCACACGAGUUGGUUCUGGUCCUUUUCCAACAGAAAUCAUGGGCAAAGGUGGUGACCUUCUUCGUUUUGCUGGGCAGGAGUUUGGCACAACUACUGGACGUCCGCGUCGCUGUGGGUGGCUAGACAUAGUUGCGCUGAGAUACUGUUGUCAAAUAAAUGGAUUUGCUUCUCUAAACCUAACAAAGCUAGAUGUGCUGUCAGAUCUUUCAGAAAUUCAGUUGGGUGUUACUUACAGACAUCCUGAUGGUUCAAUAUUAAAUUCUUUUCCUUCUGAUCUUCGUCUUCUUGAGCAAUUAAAAGUGGAGUAUGAAGUUUUGCAUGGGUGGCAGAGUGAUAUUUCUUCCAUCAGGAAGUAUUCUGACUUGC